CUUUUUUGCUGAUUCGUUCGCAUGUAAAAUUUUAUAAAUUUAUAUGCAAUUUUAAAGUUUGUAAAUGUAAUAUUAAAAUGGUGGACUAUCGGUAUACUUCACACUUAAAAAAAGAGGAGCUUGAACAAGAAGAAGCUUUACUUAAAAGCGUCAAAGAUAAACUGGUGGACCAGCUUCAGAGACUCAAAGUGUGUGAAGCAUAUUUUUAUAUGAUGUAUCAGAUUUUGUUGUUUAAUUUGAUAUAAUUAAUUAUUAAAAUCAAAUUGAAAAUUGUCUACUCUUUACAUGUUAUUUUUGAUACUUUUUUAUAGGUCGAAGAGCUGGCUAUAGUGAAAUAUAUUUCUAUGAGCAACUCAACAAAUUUGUCUCAAGCUGCAAGUUCUACAGGGUCAUACUUCAGUGCAAAUAUUCAGGUACUGUUGUACAUUCAUUAUUAUAAUAGCCGCAUUUACCGAUAUUAUUAUCAGACUUGGAGAUGGGAAACUCGUCUAAUAUAAAUCCAGCGAUAGACGUGUUUUCCAUCUCAACUUUCCAUCUAACUUUGGAUGGAAAUCCCAUCUACACGCAUAAGAAUCUCACAUCUUGUAGCAAGUAUGCCAACAAGCUGUUAGCCUGCGUAGCUGGCGGUUUUAAGGGUUGGGGUUUGAGGCGCGGGCAACGAAAAUUAGGGAGGCGAGGCGCAGGAAGGGGAAAAUGCAGGCGAGAAAAGGCGAGGUUUUCUCGCCUGCAUUUUCCCCUUCCCGCGCCUCGCCUCCCUAAUUUUUGUUGCCAGCGCCUCAACCCCAACCCUUAAAACCGCCGGCUACGCAGGCUAACAAGUCGUCAACAACUGCUUGCCCCAAGUUGCCAACAAUUUUGGAACAAGCUGUUAACAACUUGUAACAAGCUUGAUGAUCGAUAUUAUCAGACUUGUUGCAAGGUUGUUCCAACAAGUCCAAUGAUCAUGAUAUAAUUAGAGGGUAUUACAUGGCGGCACAAAGAUAAGACUUUUAUCUUCGAGUGGUAAAAUAUUGUUUUUUAAAAUGAUAAGAUAAAAGUCAUAUCUUCAAGCCACCUUGUAAUAUUCUGUUUAUUUUAAAGUCCCAAACAAAAAAUUGAAAUUUCACACUCAAAAGCAAAUUGGAAAAAGUCACGUGAUUGAUAUCUUCACUAGUGAAGAUAUGGAAAAUAUCUCACUGUGUAUUUUUCAGUAUCUCACUCUCUACUAUAUAAUAAAUAACAAUGCUGUUACAACCUUAAUGUGUCCGGCUUGUUACCGUAUAUCAUGACUGUAUCAGACUUGUUAAGGCCAUGUUACACAGUGCAAUUUUUCUUGCAACUUGCAAUGCAAUUCUACUCUUGUGAGAUGUUAAUUAGUGAAAUCAGUGAAGAAUAGAGGUCAGCCGAUGUCUAAAAAAACCCGAUUACCGAUACCGAUUGUUAACAGCCGAUAUUUACCCACCAUCGGCCGAUUAAUCGGCAAAACCGAUGGUCAUCUUAAUUUUAUUUUACUAAUGUAUCCUCUCGUCAAAAGACUCAAAACAUGCAGAAACAGGAAGCAACAUUUUUAACACUGAUUCUGAAAUCCACAGCGUGCUACUGACUGGUUAAUGGAAAUUACGGAACACGAUAAUUUAAUUAAUAAAUCUUGCAGAAAUGCAGAAUAUUUGUGGAAAACAACUAUGAAAAAACGCAGGAAAUCGUUAAACAUAGUGUUUCCACUUUCACAAUUGUUUCCACACCAAAUAUUUGAAUUUCAUUUUUUUAUUACACCGCUGACUAUACAAAUGGUGGAAGACAAUCGGCCGAUGGCCGAUUGUAAAAAAACAAGCCAAUUAAUCGUUUUUGCCGAUGUUUUGCCGAUGUUUUGCCGAUGAUUGGCUCACCUUUUUUUUUCGAUAUGUUGAGAAAACAUCAACAGAGUGUAAUGAAGACUUGUAUUUGGCAAUUUUACAUCUCUCAAGAGCAGAAUUGCAUUGCAGGUUGCAAGAAAAAUUGCACCGUGUAACAUGGCCUUUAGAACAACCUUACCACAAGUCUGAUAAUGCCAUCAAUUCGUUUUGUUUCAACAUCUUUUAAAUUGAAACUAAUAAAUCUAUAUUCAUUUUAAAGCAUAGCAAGUAACCAGAAUGAUACAGUAUGUUAUAGAUAUUAACUAAGUCCAUUAUAUUUUAUGAGUACAGUGUCUUCAAAAUGUUAACAAACUGCGCAUGCGCUGAAAGCGGACCCGAUUGCCUCUUUAAAUGAGACGGUAAAGCUGUUGCUAAGACUGGAAUAAUCGAGAUAAACAUACUGUAUAAAAUUAUAUGUAAACAUAUAAAAAUUUCAGAUAGAUUUCUGUUCCCAAAUUUAUAUUCAGAUCAAGGUUUUCAUGGAUGUCCAAGACGAAUUUCCCAUCGCUAAUAUGAAUUCGGCUGAUAUUAAUAACAUUUAUAAUUCAGCCAAAGUAAGAAUUUUUUGCUGCUGAUUGCUGUUAAAAAGUCAGCGAUUAUACAAUUCGAUUCGUAGUUCGAUUAACUAAACACACUUUGGCGUAAGGUUUAAAAAUUGACGGGUAUUCUAUAUAUAUAAUUUAGGUAAGACUCCAAAAGAAAAGCCGUUGUGUUUCUGUAGUUCGCAUUUCCGCAGAAAAAAGCAUGCUUUGUAUUCCGACUUCAUUGAUUUGCAGUACGUGAUUACUAGUGCUCCAAGACAUGGAAACAGAUUUUUAAAAAUGACGAGACGUGUCGACCUAGGUCAGAUUUAGGUUGGCAUUUUUUUCCCGAAGCAAUGAAUGAAGCAAUUGAUUGGUCGAGAAAUGUAUUUCUAUAACUGUAUGCCGAAAUAUGGAAAAGUUCUCAUCUUGCGGGUACUGUACAAUGAUGUUGAAGCACAAACAAUACUUUGAUUACAUUUCUAUUAUUUUUUGUGAUGAUUUUACAGGGUGACACAGAUACCAAUGAAAUAGAUAAGAUGAAUGAAGAAAUAAACACUGUCCCAUUGGUUGACUUAUCAGAAGGUCUAACCAGGUGUGUAUAAAAAUUCAAGUAAUACGGGGUGCACUAGGGCACAAUGCAACACACUUAAUGGAUUAAGUGCAGUAUUCUGGCCACUAAACCACUUUGUCAACAUGCCGAACAUGGAUGCUGCUAGCAUACAUAACUUAACAAUCUUUAAUUUAAGUAACCCAUUACAGGGCAAGUUGCAUUGCAUCCUAAUGUGCCCUAUUUUAUUGUUUUACUCUGUCUAAUGCUAGAUAUGCUGGAUAGUUGAAAAAUAUCCUGCCAUAUUAACCACCCGGAUACCAGAUAUUUGUUGUACAAGGUUCGAUUACCGGUAUUACCUAAUCGGACCUAGUGUUGCAUUUCCCGCAGAGGAAAGCCUUGCUUAAACCCACUUCAAUGAAACCCAUUCAUGAAAAUAUUGCCAGCUUCUGUACAAUCAUUUCAAGUAAAAGUACAGUAUAAUGAAUACUUGUACUUUUGAAACCAUAUUACAUCAUUAAUUACUAUCCUGAAAGAAAGGCCUGAACCUCAAAAAACAACAUCCAUGGAAUUGUGACGAAAAACAAAGUCCAUCAUCUACUGUAUGCGAAGCGCAAGAGAUUCUUUGAAUUUCUACCAGCCUUACUGAAUUCAAGCACAAAGUAGUUCUGGUCAGCUUUCAAGUUCGUUUCCAAGCACCCGAACGUACUGUACCCAGCAAAAUGACUUGGUCUCAACCUGACGGUGUAAUGACUUCAGCCAACAACGCAUCCGAUAUUGCAAACAUACUAAACCAAUACUUCUACUCCGUCUUCAAACCUUCUGAUGGCAAUGAUGAUGAAAUGUCCUUUCCUAGUUCUAAUGACUCAAACUCAGAUACUUCAGAAGGAACCAUCUCCACCAUCCCCCUAACACCCGAGGAAGUUUGCCACGUUCUUGUUGCUCUUAAUGAAAGCAAAGCGACUGGACCUGGAAAAACACCAGCAAAACUCCUCAAGAACUGUGCGUCCAGUGUUUGUUCGUCGUUAUGCGUUCUCUUUAAUUAACAAAAGUUUAUCUUUAAGUAAACUUCUGUACGAGUGGAAACUUUCCAAAUAAUGCCAAUCCCAAGAAAGGUCUAGCUGAAGAAGUAUCAAACUAUCGACCAAUAUCUCAAUUGUCCUUGGUCUCCAAAGUCUUCGAACGUUGUGUCUUCAACCAACUCAUAUCACACGUUUCCACUCAACUCCACCAUUUACAAUUCGGUUUCCUCCGGGACAAGUCCACCACCUCACAGUUACUGUACGUUCUUCAGGAUACCCACAAAGCGUUGGAGAAUCAAGCCAAGUUGACUCUGUCUAUCUGGAUUUUGCAAAAGCGUUCGACAAGUUAGUCACAAUCUCUUGUUGACUAAACUUCACAAGUUUGGGUUAAGUGGUGACCUUCUAUGUUGGUUUGAAGAUUAUCUCUCUGGCCGCUACCAAAGAGUGCUGUACUUGGUGAGACCUCGGGUUCACUUCCUGUCCUGAGUUCCUCAGGGAUCAAUUUUGGGUCCACUCCUUUUAGCAAUCCUCUGAAGCCAUUAACUUAUCAAAAAGACCUCGGGAUUGUUGUCACGAAAGAUCUCAAGUGGAAGAAACAAGUCGAAGAUAUCUCAAUCAAAAACAAACUCGAUGCUUGGCUUUAUUCGUCGAACAGCAUCGGUCACGCAUAACAUCCAUGUACGGAAGGUCUUGUACCUGUAAUUGGUUCGCAGCUACCUGGGUUAUGCCAGCCAGGUGUGGGCACCACAAACUGUAACCGACAUACUGACAAUAGAACGAGUCGAGCGACGAAAUUCAUCCUUUCCCUCCCCUAUAGAACAGUCACUACAUACAAGGUACGACUACAGUCUAUUGGAAAUUUCCCAGUCUGCGAAUACACUUAACAAAGUCUAAACUAAGUCUAAAUAUUCGUACCGAUUCUAAGCAAUGAUGUCAAUGUAAUCAGAACGAACAGCUAUCCGAAAUACAAGAAAUGCCGACUCUGAUAAUGGCAUUCUUCUCAAUAUAUCCAGAUGUUGAACCGUCAGCUACAAGAAUAAAUUUUACGUGAGAGCGCCCAGCGUUUGUAACGUUCUCCCUAGCGAUACUCGUGACACUUCAAUAUCACUAUUGUACUUUAAAAAUUCAUCACUUAAUUAUUACUUUAACCUUUUAGAAUAUAUUUACGACCCGGACAAUCCAAAAACAUUCAAAUCAGUCAAGUGCCACACAACUCGGUCUCUUCAUUGCCCGUCAGUGAGGUCAUGUUGUUGACAAUCAAAUAGCUUAGGGAAUUUGUUUUAUCAUGUACAUUUAUUUCAUGUAGAAUUGUGUGUGGGACCCCGUUAUUGGAAAUUCCUCUCUGUGAUCAGUCCCUGCCUGUGUAGUAUGUAAAUUUUGUCUUGUCUACUUUAUGUCUGUUAUGUUUCAUUGGCGAAUCUUGUAAAUAAACAAAUCAGUCUCUCUAUCUGGCUGAAUACUGUAUGAUAUCCAGUGCGCAGUGGUGUCAAGUAACGAAGUAAAUGUACUUCGUUACUGUACUUAAGUACUAUUUUUGAGAAAUGAGCAUGUAACAAAGUAAACUUUUUCUGGAGUACUUUUACUUGGAACGAAGUCGUUUUAAGAAGUAACGUUUUACUUCGUUAGUUUCAUUUUGUGGCGAAGUGUUUCGUUACUUUCUAACUUUUGUUUAAUUUUUCUGAUUUAUUUUAACUUCGGGAUAGGUAAUACGACCUCUACAUGCGUCUGGGAUCUCUCGUUUGUGACUUAUACUGAUAAGCAUUAUUUAGUUAAUGGAUUUCUUAUAUCCUCAACGGGGUCUAGAAGGUAGACCAUGCCGUGAAAUAUUGUAUAUUCGGUGCACGCAUAUAACGCGUGUGCUGUUUUGUGUCUUUUGUAUGUCAAUCCAUUGGAGAAGUCCCCCCCCCCCCUUCUAGACGCUACAGACAAUAGUACUUUUACUUUUACUUUGUACUUCAAGUAUUUUUUAAGGAUACUUUGUACUUUUUACUUAAGUACGUUUUGCUUCCAGUACUUUUUACUCUUACUCAAGUCGUUUUAUUGUUAAUUACUUCUACUUUUACUCGAGUACAAAUUCAAAGUAAUUUAGGCACCACUGCCAGUGCGCAUCCCUAUUGUCAAGGGGAGAGUGCUGAUGCUCAAUGGUUUAAUACUGUAAUUCCAUCAGCAUCCCAAUGCUCCAGUUAGGGAUCAUCAACAAAUAGAUUUCACCCAUCCCGCUGACUUGUUCCAUGAGGGGAGUUAUUACAGUACAUACUGUAAGUGGGACAAAAACUGACUUUUCUGUUCAAACUUGGCACUACAUGGAAAUGGUCUAUUUUCAAUUUGUUGGCUUCGGUGGCGCAGUCGUCAGAGCAAGUGCCUUUCACCUCUGAGUUCGUGGGUCCGAUUCUCGCUACGGACUCAUGUGAAAAGAGUCAGUCAACGCUCUGCCGAAAGUCGUGCGUUUUCUCCGGGUGCUACGGUUUCUUCCCAUAGGGAAAGUUGACAGGGUGGAUUAGGAUAAACACAGUUAAGAAAGUAAUAUCAAAGAAAGCUAAACGUUUCGUCUACGACUUUACGAAUGCAAAUUGGUCCGGUCUUAUGGACGUUCUCAAUAAGAUCCCGUGGAAUUUGUGUUUUGUGACAGGCAAUAUUGACGAGACCUUAUCAAAUUGGUGUGAUAUGUUCCUGAAAGCUGUAAAUGAGUAUAUACCAAAACAUUGCAUCAAAAAUUCUUACGAUCACCCGUGGAUAGAUAAGGAACUACUUCAGCUAAUUAGGAGGAAAAAUACGCAAAGAAAAAAGUUAAAGAAAUUUCCCAACCAAGUUAAUGUUGAUAAAUAUAAGAACUUAAGGCGUCUCACGAAACAACUCAUCAAAAAGAAAAACUACAGCGGGAAACUUGCAGAAUCCUUGCAUAAAAAUCCCCGACGAUUCUGGACGGUCGUAAAACACUCGACAGCGAAUCGAAAGAACAUUACUAUCCUCAAAAACGGACAAUCUUACUCGACUGAUAAAUGCGAGAUGGCGAAUAUCUUAAAUAAGUAUUUUCACUCAGUGUUCAGUCCUAAAGACUCGGACGUAUUCGCUACAUCUUCAUCGCCAUUAACGUCGUCAACCCAUGAACUUUCUGAUAACGUCGUCAACCCAUGAACUUUCUGAUAUCCAACUCACCGAGGCUGAAGUCAUUAGUGUUCUUCGAAACUUAGAUCCACGAAAGGCGUACGGCCCUGAUAACAUCCCGAAUAGACUGUCAGUAGAACUUGCUUACGUAAUUGGACCUUCACUUUGUGAAUUAUUCAAUAUGUCCUUGGCUCUAGGAGAGGUCCCUUGCAAAUGGAAAGAGGCAAACAUCACACCUGCUUUCAAACGAGAAGACCCAACGCUGGCAAUGAAUUACCGGUCCAUCUCAUUGUUGUGUACAUUAUCUAAAGUACUGGAACGUUGUGUUUAUAAUCAUUGUUAUCAUCAUCUCGAGCCACGAAUUUACGAUCUUCAGCAUGGUUUCAUGAGGGGAAAAUGUACGACCACACAACUUCUUGAAGUGUAUCACUGCAUCCUGGAUUCUGUGGCAAGCGGUAAACAAGUUGAUGCGAUAUAUCUCGUUCUUUCAAAAGCCUUCGACAAAGUUCCUCACCACCUUCUGUUACGCAAGCUCAGUGACUUCGGAAUUCAUGGAUCUCUUCUCUCCUGGUUUUCACAGUUACCUGUCUGAUAGGCGUCAAAGAGUUGUUCUACAUGGUGUUUAUUCUGAGUGGUUUCCCGUUACAUCCGGUGUACCACAAGGCUCCAUACUUGGACCGUUACUCUUUCUGGUGUAUUGCAACGAUAUCCAAUCAUACAUCCAAAAGUCGAAGCUCGCAUUAUUCGCAUAUGACUCCAAACUCUACCUACCUCUCGUACAAUCUGACUCAACUCACCUUCUUCAGCAUGAUCUCGACAACCUAAUAACCUGGACCACCGAUAAUCAAAUGGAAUUGAACAAUACAAAAUGUAAAGCCAUGCGGAUCUCCAGAAAGAAUACGCCCGCUCAAACCAACUACAGCAUCAAUGGACACAUUAUUGAGCAAGUGACGAAUUUUAAGGAUCUUGGAGUUGUACUGUCGAAAGACUUAUCGUCGGUCCCAACACAUUAACAGCAUUGUUUCUAAGGCAAACAAAACUCUCGGUUUGAUUAAGUGGAAAACGUCAAGACGAGAAGGACCCUAUACUGCGCGCUAGUAAGACCAAAGCUGGAAUAUGCGAGUAACGUUUGGUCUCCAUACACCAUCAAACAUAAACUUUUAAUUGAAAAUGUGCAACGUCGCGCUACAAGAUUAAUUUUAAAUUAUCCUAAAGGGAUGUGUUACAAAGAACGCCUCCAGAAAACAAGCUUGCUGCCAUUGGAAUUCCGAAGAGAAAUUUCUGAUCUAAUACUUCUAUUUAAAGCUAAAUACGAUCUCAUAGGAAUGGAUUUAACUAAGUAUAUACGUACAUUUAACCCUGGAUACAAGUCGCGUAACUACGAUGAAAAUGACUUUCACCUUAUAAUAAAGAUUAUUUCAGAAAAUCUUAUUUCAACAGAUCAGCAAAAAUUUGGAACAGUCUUCCCCCAGUCAUAAAAACUUCUAAUACUCUAACUUCAUUUAGAACACGCGUAAUAAAUUUGUAUAAUAGCAAAUUAAUAACAUACAAUCUUCCUAGUAUUAGCUAUUAAUAUAUUGAAUGUUUUGUAUUGAGUGUAAAUAUUUGUUAAGUGACGUUUAGUAUAGUAUAGCUAUAUGUUAGUACAUAGUUAACAAAGGGAUGAGGUAAUAAUUGGGAUGAAAAUUCUGUUCCUUGUUCCUGUCACACAUGUCAUAUACUGUAGUGUUAUAUUGUUGUAAUGUUUUCACAUUUGUGACAAGCUUAAUAAUAAUAAUAAUAAUCACAAUUGUUGUAAAGAUAAAAUAAUCUAGGCUAAGUAUGUAAUUAGGUAAGCAUAUAAUACUUGAUGUAAAGCGCACUUGAUCAUAUCUACAAUAAUGCUAAUCGUAAUUUGAAACAAGAGUUUUAUUUUAUUUUAGUAACUCACUGAUCUCAAGUAGUCAAGCUGGAGUGGACCAAGAAGAAGAAGAAGAAGAUGAUGAUGAAGACUAGACAAUGUGACUGCCAUGUUCGUUGUGCGAAAAGAAUGUUCUGACCAAAAAAGUGGAACAAGUAACCAAGAAGUAAUCAAAGCAUCAAGGUGGAAUCUGCAACUGUACUUUUGGUUAAACAUGUGUGCCAGCUUACAGUACCUAAACCUCACAUUAGUAUUUCAUUCAUACCAGUGUUGUAACGAGUCUUCAAUUUUCUGCAACUCGACUUGAAUGUGAAAAAUAUUCAACAGCCCUGCCCCAGAUGACUGGACUUGUUGAUUUCUGCCGUAAAUUACUCGAGUCAACUUACCUACAACUUGUUCAGGAUAAAUUCAUCAAAACUAUUGUAGUUGAGUAGACUGGGAAGAGUCCUGAAAGGACUCGAACAUAUAAAAAGUAAUUCUCAAUGCAGAUAGGCAUGUUUCCACUUGUAGGGAAAUUUUAAAGGCAUUUUUGUUCACCAUAUAAUUUGUGUAGCCAUUGACUCAACUCGACCAGGUAGUGAAAUGACUCGACUUGUGCCUCGACCUUUGGGUGUCGAGAAUUGCCCCCUGAUAGUUCUCAACACAGUAAGUUUUAGUUUUCUUUAGUUUUAAUAACGUUUAUACGCACUAUAAAUCUCUCACAACACGCUGUCUCAAAAUUGUUUUACAAUCACAACAACUACUGGUAUGUUCCGGAAUGUACUGGUAUGUACUGGUAUGUACGCGCGUCCCACGCGUAACAAAACAUAAUAUAUAAUGACAGUUUUCGACAUGGGUGACUCGUUACAACACUGAUUCAUACAGUGUACAAAGCAGACUAUUGUCAUGGCUUGGCAGUGCUUAUAGCAUGUAUUGGCUUGGCAGAGCUUAUAACAAAAUGAACAACAAUUAUUUUGCCAUUAUAUAGAUUUGUAUAUUUUUUGUUGCAUUUAA